AUGUCUUCACGCCCCCGGAUUCGAGAUCUCGGGUACAGCCCCGGCAAAUUCACCCCAGGGCCCAAGAACUCCCUCCUCGACGUCAACGGCGUCACAGUCGGUCAAGUCACCAUCCACCGAAACCCGAGCAUCCACACCGGUCUCACGAUGAUAUUCCCCCGCGGCGUCAAACACACCAGGGACGUGCCUUGCUACGCGGGGACGCACGACUUGAACGGGAUGGGAGAACUAACUGGGUCGCAUGCGAUAGCUGAGUGGGGAUAUCUUAACACGCCGAUCGCUCUCACAAACACGGUCAGCGUCGGGAAGGUAUAUGACGGCGUGUUUCGGUGGGAGUUCGAGCAGGCUGAAAAGUCCGGAGAGGAUGAGCUGCAAGCCGCGAGGAGGAUGAACAUCCCUGUAGUGGGGGAGACGUACGAUGGGCUUCUCAAUGACAUUAGUGCCUCUGCAAUCGACGAGCAUGAUGUCUAUGACGCCAUCUGGGCGUCGAAGAGACAGGAUGACAUUCUAGAGGGAAAUCAUGGUGGGGGAACUGGAAUGCGAUGCCAUGGGUAUAAGGGCGGGACCGGGACAAGCUCGCGGAUUGUUCCCGGAAUUGAAAGGGACUAUACGCUCGGUGUUCUUGUGCAAGCUAAUCAUGGACAGAAGCAAGACCUCAGAAUCGGAAAUGUCCCCGUUUACCAGCCGCAGGGAGGGCGGCAGAGGGAAGUAGGUAUCCUCGUUACCACGCUGCGACGUAUCGCACAGCACGCAGGCAUGGGCGUCACCCAGGUCGGCGGCCACUGUGCAGGGCGGAACUUCUCCGGCGAGAUAUUCCUCGCUCUAUCAACCGGGACAUCGCCCAACGAACUGGCCACGAAUUCCAGCGGAUUCGACUAUCUGCCUCCAAUUGAAACACAGCGUGUCGAGACUGUUAAGAAUGAAGUUAUCGAUUCGUUAUUCUACGCGACAUCGGAAGCGACGGAGGAGGCAAUUCUUAAUGCGCUCUGCAAGGCCGAGACAUUGACCGGGCUCAAGGGGCGGACGCAGGAGGCGUUACCGGUUGACAGGGUUAAGCAGCUGCUGGACAAAUAUAUGGUCAAAUUAGAUGCAUGA